UAUAAAAACUUUAACGUGAUCAUAGAACAUUCAACCAGACAGAAUAAAUAAAAAUAAUUUCAAUAUUAUUUUCUUAUAUUCAUAGCAUUGAAUCUAAAAUGGAUGAAAUUUAUGAUAAAAUAUCAGAUCCUGAUUUGUGGGGUGUUGAUGAUCGUGAAGUUAGUGAAAUACAAAAUUUUUAUGCAAAUAAAACAAUUUUUUUUACUGGAUGUACUGGUUUUUUUGGUAAAAGUAUUAUUGAAAAAUUAUUACGUGCGUGUCCAAAAUUAAAAAAAAUAUAUUUAUUUGUACGGCCAAAAAAAUUAUCAGCUAAAGAAAGAAUUGAAAAAUAUUUUAAUGAUACCACAUUCGAUAAACUUCGUGAACUACAACCAAAAUUUACAUCAAAAGUCGUUAUUAUUGAAGGAAACUUGGAGAGUCUAAAUUUGGGUUUAUCUGAUGAUGAUAAAAAUAUUAUAAUAAAUGAAGCAUCAAUAUUUAUUCACAAUGCAUCAAAUGUUAAAUUUGAUUUACGAAUAUCACAAUCUCUCAAUUGCAAUGUUAUUGGUACAAAAAAUAUGCUUGAUUUAGCAACUCAAUGUAAACGUCUUGAAGUAUUUGUUUACGUCUCAACAGCUUAUUCUCAUUGUUAUGAAAAACAUAUUUAUGAAAAAUGUUAUCCACCACCAUGUAAUAUGAAUAUGAUUUAUGAUCUCAUUGAUAAUGAUCGUGCUCAUACAAAUGGAUUAUCUAAAACUGCAAUAACAGAGUUAACAGCACCAUGGCCCAAUAUAUAUGCAUUUGGUAAAGCAAUGGCUGAGAGCUUAGUUGAACAGUAUGCUAAAAAAAGUGAUUUCUAUUGUACAAUAUUUAGACCAUCAAUUAUAAUGCCAAGCUAUCAAGAGCCAAGCCCUGGAUGGACUGAUGGAAAUCUCAAUGGACCAAAUACUAUAUUCACAGCUGUUGGUCUUGGAAUACUUCAUAUUGGACCUAAAAUUUACAGUCCAUUUGACAUGGUACCCGUUGACAUGUGUACAAAUGCUUUACUUUCAACAACUUGGGCAACUGUGAUGAAGGAUAAUUCAGAUCAAGUUUUUGUAUAUAAUUAUGGAAGUUCAGUCGUUAAUCCUAUAAAUGCAGAGCGAUUUGGACAUUUAUCAUAUGUUGGUGGUGUUGAUUAUCCAUCAAGUAAAAUGAUAGGUCCACAUUUUGUUUACACAACAAACUGGCUAUCAUUAUUUUUUAUAGGAACAAUAAUAUUUCUUGUAAUUCCUGGUAUCAUUGCUGACAUUGUUUUAUUAUUAUGUGGAAAAAAACCUUUAGUAAUAAAGGUGGCCCGUAGAGCAAUACCAUUGAUUCCAGAUUUGCUUCAUUUUUCAUAUUUAAAUAGUUGGCGAAUUCAUGUUCAUGAAACAACAAAAGUUUGGGAUAAAAUGAAUAAACGUGACAAUGAAUUAUUUUUCAAUGAUUUAAGAAAAUUCGAUUGGGGAAUAUAUUGUUGUUACUAUUGGUUUGGUAUUAGAAAAUAUGUUCUCAAAGAUCCAAUAUCAACAGUCGAUCAGGGUUUAAAACGCUUCUUCUAUCUUCAAAAUGGUUGGAAUAUAUUUUGUAUUGGUUUUGUUUUUUUAAUUUUAUAUAUUUUUUCAAAUUAUUUUUCAUUGUUAUUAAUUCCAUUUUGUAAUCUUAUAAAAUUAUUGAAUAUUUACAUCACAAAUAUUUAAUAAUUUAAAAGAUAAAGCAUAAAAAAAUUCAAAUAUCAACACUUUUGACAUAAUUAUUAUAUUACUGCGAGCUAAAGAAAAAAUCAAAACGAAUAAGAAUUAAUUGUGAAUAUAAUAUAAUUAAAAGUAUAAAUAUAUUUUAAGAUUGAUAUAUACAUGUAUAUGCAUAAUACGAAUCAGGCAAAUAAGCCGAAAGCUUGUGUUUUUUGGAAAUAAAAAUAUAUAUUUUUGUGAUAUUACUGAUUUAUUUUUUUAAUCAACAUCAAUUGAAAAUUACAAAACAAAGCAAAACUUUAUG